AAAUAAACAAAGAAAGAAAGAAAGAAAGAAAGAAAGAAAGGAAGGUAGAAAAGGAGAAUAUAGUUUUGGUCACCAAAAUUACAGAUUCCAAGUUAUCAUCACUAAAAAAAAAUUCAGCAAAUAUCUUGAAUCAGAAAGAGAGAGAAAAACAUGGAUGAGGAAUCAGGAAUGGACUCCACAGCCACCACUAGCAGCAGCAGCGGUGGCGGAGCAGAGGCGCAACGCGGCUUCCAGGCGGCAGCCCAGCCGGAGGUAAUGAGAGCCGCCGAGAAGGACGACCAAUACGCCUCCUUCGUCUCCGACGCCUGCCGCGAUGCUUUCCGCCAUCUCUUCGGUGCUAGGAUUGCUGUUGCUUACCAUAGUGAGACAAAACUUCUAGGCCAGAUGCUUUAUUAUAUACUUACAACAGGCGCGGGCCAGCAGACUUUAGGAGAAGAGUACUGUGAUUUAGUUCAGAUUGCUGGAUCUUAUGGACUUCCUCCAACACCUGCAAGACGUGCAUUAUUUAUUCUUUAUCAGACAGCAGUUCCUUACAUUGCAGAAAGAACGAGCUCCAGAAUUGCAUCCCGAGGCAUGUUCCUUGCUGAAUCACAUUCUGAUGAUUUGAGUGUUAGCAAUACUCCAUGGAAUAGUCAACUAGGUAGUGAAACCCCAUCGUCCUCUACAUCGCAGGUCUCAAAUUCGCCCUUCUCUAGAUUGAAAGAAAGAUUUAGAAGAUUGCGGCUAUACUUAAUUCAGCAAUGGCCAACAAUGCUCCCAGUAGCACGUGAGGUUUUGCAGCUGUUUCUUCGAACAAAUCUUAUGCUUUUCUACUUUGAAGGCCUUUAUUAUCACUUCUCAAAACGAGCAUCUGGAAUUCGUUACAUGUUCAUUGGCAAACCAUCAAAUCAAAGACCAAGGUAUCAAAUACUCGGAGUUUUCCUUUUAAUACAGUUAUGUGUCAUUGCUGCUGAAAGAUUACGGCAUACCAAUUUAUCUGCUAUUGGAAGUUCAGCUGGUCAGGCAUCUUUAGGGACUUAUCAAAACUCAGCAGGAAGAGGAACACUUGUUCUGAAUGAGGAAGGGGAUCUGAUCAAUGCGGACUCUGAGAAAGCCAAUUUCCUUGUAGAGUCAACUUCAUCAGAGGUAAAAGGAGCAAGUAAAUGCACUCUUUGCCUCGGAAAUCGCGAGUAUCCCACAGCUACACCGUGUGGCCACGUAUUUUGUUGGAACUGCAUCAUGGAAUGGUGCAAUGAAAAGCCAGAAUGCCCUCUUUGUCGGACUCCAUUGACACAUUCGAGUUUGGUUUGUUUAUAUCACUCCGAUUUCUAGAGCAUCAUAUAAGGGUCAAAAGUGCAUUCUAAGAAGUUGGGAGACAUGGGGUACAAAAACCAGGACAGCAAUUUCCCUCAAAAGAAGUUUAAGUUAUCUAUUGUACAAUUCACUAUUGUAAUCGGGGUGCAUUUUUUGAAAACAUUACCCGGAUGAAUAUGUAUAUGUCGAAUAAAUAUAUCAAAAUAAUGGAAAGUUGCUCCUUUCCUCUUUAAUCA